UUAUUUAUCUCUGUAGUUUAACACCGUUGAUAGUCCGUGACCUCUCUCUCGGGUAUCCCUGUGUAAAGUCUUUGCUUAUUUCACUCAGUAUGCAACUGUCAAAUAGAGAUGGCAGCACUUUCACAGUACACUGCAGCUGCUACGCUGAUGCAAAUCCCUGUCGUGAGGGGGAAUAAAACAGUAGAUUUGUUGCUGUGAUCGCGAGCAAACUGUCGGCCUGCGUUGCUAGUAAGGUGCGCGUUCAAAUGCCAGUGAAACGCCGGGUCGUGAUGACUAGCGUCUGUUACCGGUGCGGUGACUGAAGUAUGCAGCAAGGGCCCGGGCACGGGCCCUGGCCCAUGGUGGUGGUGGGUCUGCUGCUGUGCCUCGCUUGUUCCCUUUCACUCACGAAACUUUUAAUGUGUGUGUUCGCUCAGGAUGCCGCUAGUCACAGCAACGAAGCAGAACUGUGGUUGCACGAGAAUCAGUUGCAACAGCAUGCCGGUCUUUUCAGAGAGCGUGGCAUCUCGAGCCUGGUGGGCUGCGUCACCGAGCUGGGCGACCUGCCCGAGCUGCCGGCCCACGACGAGGAGCGGCUGCAGCGCGCCGCCCUGCUGCUGCAGCAGCGCCUCAUCCUGCGACAGUGGCUGCUGCGCCACCAGCUGCAGCACCACUACCAGAGGUUGCUGGGUGUGGACGUGGCAUCACUGGACGAUGUGUACUGGCUGGAGGACUCACGGGCACGCAGCCUGCUGGGCAAGGACUUUGUGGCGUGGGCGGCGGCGCGCCAGGCACUACCCACCUCCAAGGAAGACCUGGCCCGCCUCAAGGCGGACCUCUGGAGCGCUGUCGUCAAGUCCACGCAGCACGAGGAUGCCUGGACCUGGGGCGGAAUGUUGGUAGUUUCAGUCUCGGUGGCAGGGCUCGUAACAUUGGCAGCGAUGACGCAGCCUGCCCUGGCACCAGAGGCAAAACACACACUAUUGCAGUAUGUAACAGGGAAGUACUUGCUGCCUGGAAACUGCAAAGUGAACUUUGAAUGGGAGGAUCCUCAGAGAGUUGGGGAGACUAUGACAUUCACUGUAAAGUUCUACCAACGCAAUGGCCAGCCUUAUCCAAUAUGUGACACAGACAACCUCUUUGUGGAAGUUACCGAGGGUUCUCACCGAGUAGCAACUGUAUCACAACUGGGAGGAACAGACCCAAGUGCUGCUAACACAGCUGUUGUCAAAUUUACCGUGCGACAUGCCGGCCAGUACCGAAUAGCGGUGCUCAUUGGCAGCUGUCAUGUCCAGGGUAGUCCCUUCCUCAAGAAUUUCCUGCCAGGUCCGCCCGACCCGCACAAGACAGUGUUUGUGCGACAUUCUUCAACAGUUGUUUGUACAGCAGGCAUGCCUCACUCUCUUAUGAUAGAGCCACGUGAUGAGUUUGAUAACCUAUGUGUGUUCGAUGCCAGCAGUUUGGGUACAGAUGCACCAACAGAAGGUUAUGCAAUAGCAAUAACCCAGUUGAGCCUGGCUCUGCUGAGACAGGUUGGAUCGUCUGUGUCUGGUUCAUGCCCUUCACCUCCUUACACAGCAGAGUUUGACUAUGACUGGCUGAGCCAUCGUGUCACUCUGCAAGUUCGUUUUCCGUCUGAGGGUUGCUUUCAUGCAUCCGUUUCCUACCGUGGCACUGAACUACGUAAUGGGGACUUCGACAUUAUUGUUUUAAGUGUAAGUGAUGCCGCUCUUGUGAACAAGAAUGUUGCAUCAAAAAAUCACAACAUCUGUUACGAGGCUCGUCUUGUGAGUUUACAUGGAGAACGUCUAUCGAAGCCAAAGAAAGUUUUUUGCUACGUUUCUCCAAAGCAACUCACAGUUAAAGAACUGUUGCUUAAAUUCAUUCCAAAGAGAAUCAUCACAUUUCGUCUGUGUCCAUCCACUAAGUUCACCUUUCUAGGAAACAACAAUCAGUAUGGUCAACCUUCAUUCAUUGUGGAUGAUGGAUGUCAGCCAAAAGUUGAACUCGCAGCAAAGGACCGGAAUGUCAUUGCUGCAACAUUUACUCAUUUCCUGCUGAAGAAUAUUGGAGGAUCAGAGACUUUCAAAGAUAAACAGGACUUUUUCUACCAUGAAGUUCGGAAGUACCACCAGAAACAUUAUCAUGAAAAACUGCCCAUGAAAAUCUGCCGUGAAAAGCUUCUGGAGUCGUCAAUGAAAGCAACAAAAAACUUCUCUGUGAGUGACUGGUGUCGAAACUUUGAGAUAACCUUUCAAGGAGAACAAGGUCUGGACUGGGGUGGUGUACGACGAGAGUGGUUUGAACUUGUGUGUGCAGCAUUGUUUGAUGCACGCAAUGGUCUCUUCAUGAGCUUUUCAGAUGGUCAGCAAGCACUUGUACAUCCUAAUGUUCAAAGGCCUCCUCACCUGAAGUUGAAGCACUUUGAGUUUGCUGGUCGAAUAGUUGGCAAGUGCCUUUACGAAUCAUCACUUGGAGGUUCCUACAGACAGUUAGUACGGGCACGGUUUACGAGGUCAUUUUUGGCACAACUCAUUGGUCUUCGUGUGCACUACAAGUACUUUGAACAAGAUGAUCCGGACCUCUAUCUUAGUAAAGUGAAGUACAUUCUGGACAAUGAUGUUGAAGAAAUGGAACUUUAUUUUGUUGAAGAGGAGUAUGACCGCACAGGCCAGCUAACAAAGGUGGUGGAACUGAUUCCUGGAGGAAGCAAGAUACAUGUAAGGAAUGACACAAAACAUCAGUACUUGGACAGCCUAGCACAGUACCGUCUUGCAACCAGUGUCCGGGAUGAGGUUGAUCAUUUUCUGAAGGGCCUUAAUGAACUCAUACCUGACAACUUGCUCAGCAUAUUUGAUGAAAAUGAACUGGAGCUGCUACUAUGUGGAACUGGGGAAUACAGCAUUGCUGACUUUCGUGCAAAUCAUGUUGUAUCUGGUGGAUCUCCUGAGUUCCGAAGAGUGCUUGACUGGUUCUGGACAGCAGUCAGCAAUUUUACACAAGAAGAGCUAGCAAGGUUACUCCAAUUUGCAACAGGCUGUUCACAGUUACCACCUGGGGGCUUUGCUGAACUCAGUCCUCGAUUCCAGAUAACAGCUGCACCCACUUUUGGAAGCUUGCCAACAGCUCACACAUGUUUCAACCAGCUGUGCCUCCCCGAUUACGAAAGCUAUGAGCAAUUUGAAAAGGCUCUGUUACUAGCCAUCAGUGAGGGUACAGAGGGCUUUGGAAUGAUAUGAUGUCAUCAGAAUGUCAAAUGACAUUUACAAUAAGUAUAUAGUUUGAUGCACUGAAAAACUGCAUUUGACACAUCGAUCACCACCACUUCACAUUACAAAAUGGCUCCAGCGAAACACUAGGGUGUGUAUUAUGUGUGUUGAAUAAAUGUAAUAGGCUCCACAGGGAUAGUAAAGCUGCUCUGUGUCUUUAAUCUCUAUGAAGCCUUUCACAUCAUUUGCCUGCCCUGCUAUCUUGUAGCACAAGUGAGCUAUUGGUAUGCUCAGGAAAUGUUGGCUUUAGUAUGAGAAAUAACAGGAUACAUAAUGUGCGCUGCACAGUAAAUUAAGCAGAGCAUUGGCAGGGUUAUAUGAAGGCCUAAAUAUUUAUCUUGAGGCCUGUCAUACUCCAAUUUUGGAUGAUAUGUUUUGCUCAACUAGUGUGUAAAAAAAAAAAAAAAGAACAAAUACAACCUCUUACAGGAUACAUCUACUCCUGCACACUUUCAUGGCUCACAACAUGCCUUGGUUUGUGCAGUCAGUCAUAUUGCUUUGUCAGAUAAUUUCUGUAGAUCUUUAAUACUUGUGCAUUUGCAGUAGCAUUACUUACAAUUGUGUUUAUUUAAUUUGUCUGAUAAGUUCCUAUCUCAUUUGCUACUUUUUUGAUAUUGUAAUUUUCAUAAUCUCAUGUUUUUAGUACUGUGAUUGAAACUUUUAAUUUAAAUCUGCAACCUUGUUGUGAUAAAGAACAAGAGGUGGAAGUUGUAUGAAGAAAUCCAUCUCUAUUUUACUGACCUCAGAUACAGUGAUAAUUCAAUUUUGUAAGUACAAGAGUGACAUUUAGCUAGUUUUGUGUAAUAUUCUCAGAUACUGACCAUGUCUAUGAAACUUUGUACAAAUGAAUUAAUUUUAGACUAUUUGUAGGAGAUGACAAGCUAUUUAUAUGAGAUUAUAUUUAGAGUAAUGAAAGAUCAGGUCUGGUAUAUUUGUAAAACUAUCUGUACAUCAUCUUUAAGUAAUUGCUUUUAUACAAUUUCUUUUCUGCUGGUCGGAGAUUGAAAAUCUGUAAAGUAAUUACUUCAACUGUUGAUGUAAUAGUUACUGUUUCAUUAGGGUUGUGUAGAGUCCAAUCCUUCAGAGAGAGUUUCAUAAAACUUAUGCCAUACUCAGUCAUUAAACCCACUGUAAAGUCUUUACUACUCUAGUAGUACGAGAUACACUUUAAACAUUCCAGAUGAUACAAUUUCUGCUUUUCCCAAAGGCUUUAUAGAAAUAGAUAGAAAUGCCAUUCCUUAGGUUUGUAAUGGGACCAUACUAUGUUAAAUACAAAUCUUAAUUCUCAAAACAGAACAGAAAUCUCUUCACAGUUUCAGUAUUAUACCUUUUGUCCUUUGUUGAGUUUCAUUAUUACUUACAAAAGAAAAACUGAUGUCCUAAAAUAGUGACAAAUUUGGCUAAAAUAAAUUGUGGAUAGGAGCCAUAAUUUUGUGGGAGUUCUAAACCGAGACUUAAUUUGUACUUCCACUUGAAUGAAUUUGUUCCUGUUUUCGAGAUACUUAUUACCUCACAAAGCAUAGUGAGACCCUAAUUUUAAUUUCAUUCUAUAUAGGUUAGGAUUAUGUCCACACUGCAUAAAGAUAGAUAAAAUGGUUACCAAGGGAACUCCAAUAAGCAAUGAAAGCUAAUUAAUGACUGAGAGAACAACCAACCACUCACCCUUAAGAGGAAGUGCUGAGUUGCAGACAGGCCUAAAAACAUUAUAAUUUAAAACUUUUUGAGGCCUUCAAACUCUAGUUUUUGUCCAAAGUUGGGAAUUUCAACAUUUGAGGCUAUUGUACUAUGUGUAUGUCACAGUGUAAAUUUUAUAUUAAAAAAGAAUGCCAUUCAAGACACAUCGUGAAACAUCAACAGUUAUAUUUUCUCUUGUGGAAGGCAACCAUUUUUCUUCUUGCAUUGAAGAGGAAGAAGGUAGGAAGUGUAAUAUACAGAUGGAGUUUCACUGGAUCCCAUGUUUGCAGAGCCGGCACAAAAACCAAAAAUUUUAUCUAUCUUUCUGUGAAUUGACUUUCCUCUUUUUCACACUUCUGUUUUUAAAGAUAGAACUUGCAAAUUUGAUAUGUGGAACCUUUGUUUUACCACUUUAAGCUUCCAAUGACACUGUCUGGCCACUGCAUUGAAAUAUCCCAAGAGCAUCACUCUCAUUACUCAGGACACGUUUUUGGACGGGAUGUAUUUUAUUGCUUUAAAAUAAAAUAAAAAAAGCUUUUAAGCUAUUAGUAACAACCCUUUAUUUCAAAUAAAAUUAGUAAAAAAUAGAUUCUGAAAUAUUUUUAUAGCUAUAACUUUUCAUUGUCCCCUGAUGUGGGUAUUUGUAGUUGAACCAGUUUCUGAGUUCAGUUGCUACAUUUACAUCUAACUUGCUGAUUGUAAAAUUGUGAGUGUGUUAUAUCUGUUCUUUCAUGACUUUGUGCAUAUCAUUUUAUAAUAUACAACUGAAAAUUUUUGUGCCAUAUUUAUAUAUUGCACUUUCGUGUGCUCCGAGCCAUUUAUGCUAACUGAAAAUUACAGUGUUACUGUCAGCAGCAAUAAUGUAUUAGUUUACUGGUAACGAAGAGAGAUGUGUUGCUUUUGGAAUGUUGUGUUGGAUUUUUUUACUUUAGUAAAAAAUUAAUAUCAUUAGCUCUAUUAAUAUUUUCAUAUUUCAUUACUUAGAAGCUGUGACACUGUUUUGUAUGCUAAGUAGGAAGAGUCUUUAUUUUCCAUUUCUGCAACUAUUCAACUUUACUUAGCUCUUUGAAGCAAUAAUAUGAAGGUGGACUGUCUUGAGACCUGUCAGAUAGUAUCUGAAACCUUUAUUCCAGAUUCCCAUUUAUACUUCAUAAUUGACAGGUCAUGGGUUACCAUUAGGCUGAAACAUACAAAAAUGGUUUGGAAUAUGCAGUACCAUUCAACAGAUCAUUUGGUGCUAACAUCAGUGGGAAUUAAUCCUCUGGUGCUGAAAUAUGUGAGAGAACUGGAUCGCCAUCACAGAAAUGCAAUGAAUGUAACUGUCACGCUAAAAUACUGCAUGCCUUGUAACGUUUAGGACAUUCUAUCAAGGAUGCGUUAAUGUAUGUCUCUAUAAAGAUUACAUCAUAUCUUUAAUUGAUAUUUUCUAUUUCCACUUGAGGAUUAAUGUAAGUCUGCUACAGCAACAUCAUAAUUGAGAGGAUACACAGAAAUUAAGUAAAUGUGUGUGAGAUGUUGUUAUUUAUGUUGGGAAUAGUAUUACAUACAUAGGUAAAAUAUUUGGCAUUUAUGAAUUCACAUACACUGUAAACAAACUGUUACAUAUUAGGAACAAUGUAAUAUGUGAUGAUUCCCCAAUAUUUUCUGGUUUAUUUAAAUAAGACUAAAUUUUAUUUCCAAAUAAAUGGAUUUACCUCAUCACUAAAUGUUACUCAAAGUGAUUGCAUGAUAUGUAGCAAAAUAAUUUUGCAGGGAGACAUAACUAUUUAUCCAUUUGUUAAUUUCUUGUUUUAUGAUGUUCCAUGCAUUCACACUAAGUUGUCAUGAAUGCCCGGAAUAAAUAUCAACUUUAAAUUUGUGCUAGUUUAGUGAUUUUUAAUGUUUUUGUUAAUUGUGAACAUUCAGUCACGUCAUUUGAAUAUUAUAGCAGUGGUUCCCAAUGUGUUCUCUGUGAGAUGUGUGACAUUUAAGCUUUGUCUGAGUUGAUUAUGAAGAAUUAAGAUUCACUCCAUGCAUCACAAGAACCAAUUAGCGGAAAAACUAAAACACUGCAAUAUGUGUCCCUCAAAAAACUGAGGAAAUAGCAACCUUUAAGUGUAUCUUCCUUUUUGAUUUUGUAGUCUUGACUAUUAAGGCUAUAAUAAAAUACAGUUCUAGAA